CGUCACUGUCCGGGGUUUCCUAGAGAAGUGAACCCUACGGCGUCAUGGCGGAGGCCGGUUGUCGGAAGACCCUGGAUUGAAAUGCCAGCUUUCUACAAUCGCAGUUGACCGACGAGCGCUAUAUUUUGCUUACAUCUAAAACGGGAAAGGGGACUUACUUGAUUUUUUGGAGGGAGUGGAACACCAACAUUGCAGUAGAUCUACCUAACUGAAUCGUUCGGGGCUGCGCUCCCUAACUGGGAGAUAGCUAGCUAGCGUGAGGUAGCGUUAGCUAUCGGUGGCUGCUAGCUCGCUAGAUAAAUAAACGAAGAAGGAAGGACCUCUGAAGUGGAAAGGCGGAUUUAGACAACUAUUUCAUUGGAGUUUACCAGGUUAACCACGUGGAACAUAAUACUACAGGUUGUCAGGGGGAAGUCUAUAUUUUUGGACUUCAACAUGGCUGGACGCAGUGAGGAUGAAAGUGUAAGCAACAGCAGUGGAGAGUCAAGUAAUUCUGAUGAUGAAUCCGGUUCUGGAUCGGGCUCAGCAUCAGCGUCCGGCUCAGGCUCCAGUUCCAGCUCCUCCAGCAGCAGCAGCCAAUCAGGGAGCAGUGACUCAGGUAGUGGCUCAGACUCUGGCAGCCAGUCAGAUUCUGACACAGAGAAAUCCAAGGAGAAGAUGGAACCGCCAAAUAAGUCAAACAUCGACGGAGCGGAGUUCUGGAAGUCCAACCCAAGUAUCCUAGCAGUGCAAAGAUCUGCUAUGCUCAGGAAACAGCAGCUUCAGCAGCAGCAGCAGCAGCAGCAGAGACAAAGCUCCUCAAAUAGUGGAUCCGAUGAGGACUCGUCAAGUAGCGAUGAAUCUGACUCAUCAAGUGGAUCCAAAAGAAGAAGAAAUUCAGGCUCCUCUGACUCUGGAUCGGGUUCUGGAUCUGGGAGUGGUUCUGGAUCAGACUCAUCAGCAGAGGACAACAGUGACGAAACAGCAUCAGACUAUGAGCCCAGUCACAAAAUCAAAAGCAGAAAGCCUCCAACCAAGAUGAAUUUUCGGAAUGGGAAGAAAAGCAGCACCCAGAGGAAGAAACCCCCAAAGUGUUCUUCUGAGUACGAGGAUGAUAACUACAAGAAGGUGGCGUCUGUGGGUCCACGCCGGCAGGCCACAGUCAACAUCAGCUACAAGGAGGAUGAGGAGCUGAAGACUGACUCAGACGACCUAGUGGAAGUUCUGGGUGAAGAUGUUCCGCAGCCUGAGGAAGACGAGUUUGAAACACUGGAGAGAGUGAUGGACAGCAGAAUAGGAAGGAAAAGAGCAACAGGAAGCGCAACCACCGUAUAUGCUGUAGAAGCAGACGGGGACCCCAAUGCCAACUUCAAUCCCAACAAAGAGGCUGGUGAGAGCCAGUAUUUGAUAAAGUGGAAGAACUGGGCCCAUAUCCACAACACUUGGGAGACCGAGGAGACACUCAAGUUACAGAACGUCAAGGGCAUGAAGAAACUGGAUAAUUUCAAGAAGAAGGAACAGGAGAAAAAGAAAUGGUUAAAGGCAGCUUCACCAGAAGAUAUAGAGUAUUUCAAUUGCCAGGAAGAAUUGAUGGAUGACCUGCACUUUCAAUACCAACUUGUAGAGCGAAUCUUAGGACAUUCAAACCAGAAGUCAGCGGCUGGUUACCCGGACUACCUGUGUAAGUGGCAGGGUUUACCAUACUCAGAGUGUAGCUGGGAAGAUGGUGCUCUGAUCGCCAAAAAGUUCCAGAAAUGCAUCGAUGACUACAUGAGCAGAAACCAGUCCAAGACCAUUCCUUCCAGAGACUGCAAGGUGCUGAAACAGAGACCCAGGUUUGUGCCCAUGAAGAAGCAGCCUGUUUACAUAGGAGGUGAUGGACUGGAGCUCAGAGACUACCAGUUGGACAGUUUGAACUGGAUGGCCCACUCCUGGUGCAAAGGCAACAGUUGCAUCCUUGCUGAUGAAAUGGGUUUAGGGAAGACCAUCCAGACCAUCUCCUUCCUCAACUAUCUAUUUAAUGAGCACCAACUGUAUGGGCCCUUCUUGCUGGUUGUGCCUCUCUCUACACUAACCUCCUGGCAGAGAGAAAUCCAGCUCUGGGCCCCUCAGAUGAAUGUCGUGGUCUACCUGGGAGACAUCAGCAGCAGGAAUAUGAUCAGGACACAUGAGUGGAUGCAUGUCCAUAGCAAGAGACUGAAAUUUAACAUCCUCCUCACAACAUAUGAGAUUCUUCUCAAAGACAAGUCAUUUUUGGGCAGUGUUAACUGGGCCUUCAUUGGUGUGGAUGAGGCGCACCGACUGAAGAAUGAUGACUCCCUCCUCUACAAGACCAUGAUUGACUUCAAGUCCAAUCACAGGCUUCUGAUCACAGGAACGCCACUGCAGAACUCCCUGAAAGAGCUGUGGUCCCUGCUGCACUUCAUUAUGCCCGAGAAGUUUCACUCAUGGGAGUUGUUUGAGGAGGAGCAUGGUAAAGGCAGGGACUCGGGCUACACCAGUCUGCACAAAGAGCUGGAACCUUUUCUACUGCGCCGAGUCAAGAAGGAUGUGGAGAAAUCUCUUCCUGCCAAAGUGGAGCAGAUUCUCAGAGUUGAGAUGAGUGCUAUCCAAAAACAGUAUUAUAAAUGGAUCUUGACCAGGAACUACAAGGCUCUGAGUAAAGGUACGAAAGGCAGCUCGUCGGGCUUCCUGAACAUCAUGAUGGAACUGAAGAAGUGUUGUAACCACUGUUACCUUAUCAAGCCCCCAGAGGACAACGAGUUCCUCAUCAAAGCUGAAGCCUUACAGCAAUUGAUCCGCAGCAGUGGGAAGCUGGUUCUGUUGGACAAACUGCUGGUGCGUUUGAAGGAGCGAGGCCACCGAGUUCUCAUCUUCUCCCAGAUGGUACGGAUGCUGGAUAUCCUGGCUGAAUACCUGAGAAGCCGACAGUUCCUCUUUCAGAGAUUAGAUGGCUCCAUCAAAGGGGAGAUGAGGAAGCAGGCGUUGGAUCAUUUUAAUGCUGAGGGCUCAGAGGAUUUCUGCUUCCUGUUAUCAACGCGUGCUGGUGGUUUGGGUAUCAAUCUGGCAUCGGCUGACACAGUAGUCAUCUUUGACUCAGACUGGAACCCCCAGAAUGAUCUGCAGGCCCAGGCCAGAGCCCACAGGAUCGGACAGAAAAGACAGGUGAAUAUCUACCGUCUGGUGACAAAGGGCUCAGUGGAGGAGGACAUCAUUGAGAGGGCGAAGAAGAAAAUGGUGCUGGACCACCUUGUCAUUCAGAGGAUGGACACCACAGGGAAAACUGUCCUCCAUACUGGUGCUGCUCCCUCAAGUUCAGCGCCAUUCAACAAGGAGGAGCUGUCUGCCAUCCUGAAGUUUGGUGCUGUGGAGCUUUUCAAAGAGCAAGAGGGUGAGGAGCAGGAGCCUCAGGAAAUGGACAUUGACGAGAUCCUCAAAAGAGCUGAGACCAGGGAGAAUGAUCCUGGACCCUCAACAGUGGGAGAAGAACUGCUGUCUCAGUUCAAGGUGGCCAACUUUUCCAUGAUGGAGGACGAGGAAAUAGAUAUUGACUCUGAACGUAGUCAGCGGAGUUGGGACGAAAUCAUUCCUGAGGAGCAGAGGAGAAGAAUGGAGGAGGAGGAGAGACAGAAAGAGCUGGAGGAAAUCUAUAUGCUGCCACGCAUGAGGAAUUGUGCCAAACAGAUAAGCUUUAACGCUAGUGAGGGCCGGCAGAGCAGGAACAGGAGGUAUUCUGGGUCUGACAGUGACUCCCCCUCUGACCGAAAGAGGCCGAAAAAACGAGGACGGCCUCGAACCAUACCACGAGAAAAUAUCAAGGGCUUCAGCGAUGCUGAGAUCCGGAGGUUUGUCAAGAGUUACAAAAAAUUUGGAGGACCACUGGAAAGGUUGGAUGCUAUUGCUCGUGAUGCUGAACUUGUGGAUAAGUCUGAACAUGACCUGAAACGCUUGGCAGAGAUGGUUCACAACGGCUGUGUGAGAACACUACGAGAAAACCCCUGUGGACCAGAGAAGACCUCAGGAGGAAGAAGAGGGAAAGUGAAAGGCCCUACAUUCAGGAUCUCUGGAGUCCAGGUGAAUGCCAAGCUUGUUAUCUCCCACGAGGAAGAGCUGGCUCCACUCCACAAGGCCAUUCCUGCUGACCCUGAGGAGAGAAAGAAGUAUAUGAUUCCAUGCCACUCGAAGGCAGCACACUUUGACAUUGAUUGGGGGAAGGAGGACGACUCCAGCCUCCUCAUAGGAAUCUAUGAGUACGGUUACGGCAGCUGGGAGAUGAUCAAGAUGGAUCCGGACCUCAAUCUCACACACAAGCUCCUACCAGACGACCCUGACAAGAAGCCACAGGCCAAACAGCUACAGACCAGAGCAGACUACCUCAUUAAGUUGCUGAGCAAGGACCUGGCCAAAAAAGAAGCACAGAAACAAGCAGGGACAGCCAAUUCACGGAAGAGGAAACCAAGAAGUAAAAAGAGCAAAACUCUCAAUCCAACUAAGACAGACGAGGUAAUGAAGAGCACGUCCUCAGAUCCCCCAUCAGACAAGAGGUCAGAUGAUGAGGAUGAAAUUGAGGAGGAAAAGGAGGUGGCCCCAGUGAAGGCACCAAGGAGGCGGGGCCGAGCAGACAGGGUCGUGGUGGAGGAGGAGGAGGAGGAGGAGGAGGACAAUGACGAUGAGGAGCCUGAGCAGGAGGAGGUUUCUUCAUCAGGGGAGAGGGAGGUCAAAGGAAAAGAGAUCAAAAAAGAAGGCAAAAAGGAGAAGGAAGAGGAAAGUUGGGACAUUAGAGAGACAAAGGAGCCAAAAGAGAAAAAAGAAACAAAGCCUCAGGAGGCGGUACAUAAACAAGAGGAGAGCAUGGAAAAGAAUGAAGUAAAGACUGAUGUACGAGAACGAACAAAGAAAGCCUCUGACGUGCCGGCUCAUAUAACAGCAAGUGGAGAGAGUGUGCCAAUAUCUGAGGAGUCUGAUGAACUGGACCAGAGGACCUUCAGUGUGUGUAAAGAGAGGAUGCGGCCGGUGAAAGCAGCGCUGAAGCAGCUGGACAGACCAGAGAAAGGGCUGUCGGAGCGUGAGCAGCUCGAACAUACAAGACAGUGCCUCAUUAAGAUCGGAGACCACAUCACUGAGUGUCUGAAGGAGUAUUCAAAUCCUGACCAGAUCAAACAGUGGAGAAAAAACCUGUGGAUAUUUGUUUCCAAAUUCACUGAGUUUGAUGCCAGGAAACUACAUAAACUGUACAAGCAUGCAAUCAAGAAAAGACAAGAGAACGCACAGGCAAUGGAGCAGAACACUAGAAGUAUAAACACCCACGGCUAUAAACAUGCAGAUAUUGAAAGGUUGAAGGACAACUCUCACCAGGACGAGAGCAGUAGGGACAGCUGCAGCUCAGACAGGCAUCAGCCUUCAGGUCGAUACCAUGAGAGCAGCAGCAGUAUGGAGAGACACAGCUCUGAGUCCCACAGGAAGACCACAGGAGGAGAGUCCAGGAAAAGACCGUACUCCUCCUUUAGCAACGGCAAAGACCACAGGGACCACUACAGAUCAGACAGCAGGGACAGAGACAGACAGGACAGAUACUACAACGACAGUAAGCACAGGAAGCUGGAGGAGUUCCGCUCCAGCAGAGACCAUCGUCUGGACAUGAAGGAUCAUUCCCAUUCAGACCACCGCUCUUCCUACCGCUACCACUCAGACUGGCAGACAGAGCAGCGAGCCUCAGCCAGCGGACCCCGCUCUCCCCGAGACCAGCGCUCGCCCAUGGGACACCACUCACCUUUUGACUACUCGUCAGACCACAGGAGCACACCGGAGCAGAUCUGGAGCAGCCGCAAGACAUAACAGGGGCUGCCUGGGUCUGCUAGUAGCAGCCAUAGACUCAGUAACACAGCAAAUGCCUUACAGGGACUGUGGACUCCAACCUGAAGCUGUUUGAAGCACUGUGUAUCAGUCAGUUCAGCAUGGCUGUCAUCUCCUCGCUUCAGCUGCAGCUCAUCUCGGGUACCUGGGAGAUGAACGCCAGGGAGCGGCUCAAACCCGGCAGCAGAUCAAAAAUCAAAGCAUAUUUUUGUAUUUAAUAGUUUAAAGCUGCAUUGUUGUGUAGGCUCAACAGCAUGCAGCAAUUUUUGUUGUUAUUUUUAUAAACUUUUUUAAACUCUGGAAACGGACACAAUUGACCCUGAGUGCUGCCUCAUAUUCCCACCAACCCAUGACACUGGAUCCUGUAUUUGACUGUUCUCUAUGUUCGUCUGUCUGUCUCUGUCUUUCUAUCAUGCUUAAUGUGAUUAUCUACCUUAUUUAAAUGUUAACUCGAUGAGAAGUCAGUUGUCACAGGAAUCACAUUACAAGUUAAUGUAAAGGUGUCUGGUUGAAUCCAGUCUGGGCUCAGGCUCACCACCUUAAGUACCUCAUUUACAGCAUUUCUCAUUUCCUCAGCAGGUUUUCUUUUUUCCACCAGGCGUGAAUUAUUUAAUAACAUAUCUUAGCUGUAAAAGAAUAACCUUUUUUUUUUUUUUUUUUUUUUUUUUGAGUGACUUGUAUCAUGUUUUUUUCCUUCAGUAAUACUAUUGUAAAUUUUUGUAAAAUAGUAAAUCAGUGGUCUUUUUUCCUCAGGCUUUUGGGAUUUAUUAUGACUGUACUUUUCCCCAUCAACUCAGGCUAUUUUGUCGUUCUACGAGUGAGUUUCUGUAUAUUAGUUCUUUCACGAUAAUGCUUUCAGAAUGUAACUUUUGGAAAAGGGAAAGUUCUUUAACGAUACUCAGUUUUAUUCACUAGUGCUUAGUUCUUUUGUCUCAGUGUGUCGAAGUCAGUGAGUUGGAAGGAACUGACUUUUACAGUCUGAAAAAAGACUUGUCUUUUAAUAGAAGCACCUGUUAGAUCUUAGAAAAACUAAACUUUUUUACAUAUUUUUGUUUCUUUACCUUUCAUUUUAUUUUCUACGUAGGCAAUAAUAAUGUCAAUGUUUCUAUGCAGCCAAGUAUAUUUGUGGUGAACCACCCACCUGAAUGAAGUCACUGUUACGGUUCACACUGUUGUACAUAAAUUUCCUCUAUAUUUCAAAAUGAAUUUACACUGAAAGUGCAUGAAUUUUUAUGAACUGUUUUAUAUAGUUGUUUAUGAAGCCAUUAAAAUCAAUCACUGUACUCACUCGUACCAACUCUCUUCAACAAAGGAUCAAGUUUUUGAUUCUGCCAGCUUGGUAGGUUGAUUACAUUACACUUCGGUACAAGCAACAUUCUAACCAAUAUCUAAGACACAAUCACUGCAAAUAUUUUCUAAUUAGAUUUUUUACUUGCCCUAUAUCAUGAUAGCUUUUUGGCUUCAGUGGUGCCCCCCACAGGGUAACCUAUAAAGGUACUGGAGCAAUGCUAAUUGUCAUUUGUUGAACAAGAAAAUGAUUGAUCCAUGGAUCGUAUCCAGAGUGUGAAUAUAGGUUGCUUUUGCGUUAGGCCCAGGCCCAUAGUGAAAUUACUGAAUCAUUGCAUCAGAUAAUUUUGUGCUGCACAACACUUCAUUUGUCAUUCAUUGAUAUAACAUUAUUUCUGAUCAUUUGUUUCAAAAGUAAUUAAGUUCAUCCCUGCUACCAAAAUGACAUGUUCCUUUAUCAUUGCAUAAGUCAGGACAAUCAAAUGUAUAAGGAACUGUCAGCAUCACAGAGGACACUAAAACUUUCCUUGACACGUUUCUUUGUGUCCUUUCUCAUUGAGACUUACCGACAGUAACCUAAUAGUAAAGUUAAAAUCUGCCAAUUGAAUAAUGUAUCACAAAUUGUCAUACAAACACCAGUUUCAAUAAAAUGUAUGUACAGUA